UAUAUUGAAAACAAAAUUAUCAUAAAGGUGAUACGUAUAAAUAGAGAGUUCCUAGCUCCUUUGUGCAUUGGCAGUGAUGGGUCGAUUGGUUUUGUGUGUAUUGGCCUUGUUGGUGGGUGGCGGGAUCUCGGAUCCCGUCAAAAAAUUGCAGAGAACUGUGGAUCAGACUGUAUUGGAUCGUCAGUAUAAGCUUCUGACUUUAUUUUUCCACCCUCACGAGCCGAUCCACAUCAAGGAACAACAAGAAAUAGCUGCAUCUUGGGAUUUAGAAAAGAAUAUCGGCCUUUACGAAAAUGCUACCGCCGUCCAUCUUACUAUCCAGAUGCUUCAUAAUAAUUACCAAGUACCUAGAGGUGUGCCGUUUACCGUUUUAGAAUCUGUCCAUAGAUUUGAAAUUUCGGUAUAUUACAGUUUACUUUAUUCAGCCAAGACAUAUGACACCUUUUAUAAAACAGCUGUAUUCUUAAGACAGCACGUUAAUGAAAAUCUCUUUGUAAAUGUACUUAGCGUUGUAAUUCUCCACCGAUCUGAUACUCAGGACAUUAGAAUCCCACCAAUUUAUGAUGUUUUCCCUUCAUAUUUCCAUAAUGGUGAGAUUAUGACGACAGCCCAAAGAAUAACUACUCAUGGUCAACGAAUGUUAGAACAUUACCCAUCAACAUAUGUUUGGGAGAACAAUGUUGUUAUAAGACAUAAUGAAACUGCUUGGCCGUAUUACUGCAAUACAGAGUCAAUGCCAGUUAGUUAUUUCACUCAUGAUGUAACUUUAAACGCACUAUAUUAUAAUAUUAAACUUGCGUAUCCAAUCUGGCUGCGAAGUGAUGCUUGUGCGAUCAAAGAAAAACGAGGUGAGCUUUUCUUCUUCUGGAACAAACAACUUUUGGCUCGCUAUUAUAUGGAACGCUUGUCUGUUGGUCUUGGUGAGAUACCAGAAUUAGGUUUGAAUGAAGUAGAGGAAGGAUAUGUAUCUGGGUUAUUGUAUCACAAUGGAAUUCCAUACCCAGUGAGACCUAACCACUUGGUACUCAAUCAUCAAACUUGGCAUGCUGAAGCUAUAGAAGAAAUCGAAGUUUAUGAAAACCGCAUUCGUGACAUGAUCGACCAGGGCUUCUAUAUUACAAACACUGGUGAACAUGUCAGCAUCAACAGUCCGGACUCGAUUGAUGUUCUCGGGCGUCUUAUUGAAGCUAACGUUGAUUCUCCUAAUGUUCAAUACUAUAAAGACUUCAUCAGCAUUUGGAAGAAGGUUCUCGGCAAUUCUCUUGUUCAUGAAUCUGUUGCUUUUAACGGUAUACCCUUGGUCGUUCCUUCUGUAUUGGAACAGUACCAAACCGCUCUCCGAGAUCCAGCAUAUUACAUGAUCAUGAAACGAGUUCUUAAGCUGUUCAAUUUAUGGCAUGAACAUCUCCCACAUUACACUACAAAAGAAUUAUCAGUACCGUCAGUUAAGAUCGAAAAAGUCGAAGUAGACAAACUACUAACAUACUUCGAGUAUACUAAUUUCAAUGUUACCAAUCAUCUUCAUCUGAAUGAAAUUGAAUGUAAUAACGUGAUUAAUACCAAGAGCGUGUUGGUCCAGAGGACACGUUUGAACCACAAAGUGUUCACCGUGCGAGUCAAUGUUAAGAGUGGUGUAGCCAAACACGUCACUGUCAGAUUCUUCCUAGCUCCCAAAUACGAUAGUGUUGGCAACGAAAUACCCCUGAAUGUUAACACACAGAACUUCUUGUUGAUUGAUAUAUUCAAUUACGAAUUGAAAGAAGGUGAUAAUUUAAUCACACGUGUUUCUUCGGACAACUUACUUGUCACUGACGAGAUUGAUAGCGCUUCUGUUCUUUUCAAUAAAGUUGACAGCGCUCUCCAAGGACACGGACAAUAUAUGCUUAACAUGAAACAAAAUAUUUUGAAAACUCCUCGACAUCUUCUUUUACCUAAAGGUCGCGUCGGUGGCAUGCCAUUUGUACUGAUGGUAUACAUUUCUGAGUACCACGCGCCCAACGAUGUUCAUCGAGGCACGGUAGAAACUAGCACUAUCGACAAUACGAUCCGCCUUACAAGCGAUACGCUGGGCUUCCCUGUAGACCGGCCCCUGUUCCCAUGGAUGCUCACAGGAGUUGAGAACAUCUUCCUUCAAGAUGUCCAAAUCUACCACAAACCCACAACAGAAGUGACCGGCGUACCAGUCUAUGUUGAAUAAAUGAAUGAGAAAAAUCUGGUGUAGCUACUAACAAUAUUGUUUAUUUCCGUUAAUACACAAUCUAUCUUACUGUAAAUAUCAAAACCAAUUGUUGUAGCCUAAACAGUGAUAACUCAUGUUCAUGUAAUAGUCAAGUAGCGAAACCACUUAGCUAGCUUUAUUACUUUUAUACUUAUAUAAUUUUAUUAGUGUAUGUAUCAAUUGUUUAUAUUUACUUAUAAUUUAUUAUAAUGAUUAAAUAAAUAUAUAUUUUUUGAUUAAAAAA